AUGGACUUCCUAAGGCACUCCAAGAAGAGCGACGACAUGCACACCCAAGAUGAGAAGAGCCUGCGGCACAUGUCCUCUAACCAGGCUGAGGCCGAGGUGGGCCAGGCCACAGUUGCCGUGGCGCCCGAAGCAGGAAUCUCAUUCGGCAACAUCCUCAAGGGCCAAACUGCGCACUCUCUCACACCUUUCGAGAAGAAGGCGGCUCUGAUCAAUGCCGAGCUCGACAAGUUUGGCAUGGGCAGGUACCAAUGGUGCAUCUGGUUCCUGUGCGGCUUCGGCUACUUCUUGGAUCUGGCCUGGUCGCAAGGUGUUGGUCUGAUUGCUUCAGCCAUCUACCAGGAGAUGAAUGUGCCUGAUCCCAGGCAAGGAGACAUUUUUGCUUGUGCAAACGCUGGUCUGGCCAUUGGUGCUUUCACCUUUGGUAUUCUGGUCGAUGUCAUUGGCCGUCGCUUGGCCUUUAAUCUCACAUGUCUGAUCACUUCGGUCUUUGGUCUGAUUUUGGUACGCCUGCCGUCAAGAAACAGUGUGUCACAUGUUAACCCUCAGCCANNGGCUGCCCCCAAGUACAACUAUGGAGCCAUUUGUGGCAUCUACUUCCUCUCCUCGCUAGGUCUCGGCGGCAACAUCCCCAUCGAUGCCACCAUCGCUCUCGAGUUUCUCCCGCAGAACCGCCGCUUCCUCGUCGCUCUUCUUUCUCUAUGGCAGCCCAUCGGCGUUGUCGUCGCAUCCGCCAUCACCUAUGGUACCGCCGCAAGACCCAAGUGGCGUUGCGAUAUCAAUCUGCCCGCUUGUGGUACUGGCCAAAGGCCUUGUUGCACGCCCGAUAGCAACAUGGGUUGGAGAUACACGCUCAUCAUUCUCGGAGGCAUGACCUUGGUUGUCUUCUGCUUGCGAUACUUUGUCUUCACUUUCCAGGAGUCGCCCAAGUUUUUGCUCAGCAGAGGAAGAGACGUCGAGGCCAUCGAGGUCCUGCACAAGAUUGCCAAGUUCAACAGAGCCCCUCCACCAGUCUUGACUGUUGCUCAUCUCGCCGCCGUUGAUGAAUCCUCUUCGUUGGCUACUGACGAGCUCGAAGUUGCUGGCCGCCCUCUUACCACAAUGGAGACCCUCAAGCGUGUUUUGAGAAAUACGGCCAAGAGCUUCAAGCACCUCAAAGCUCUUUUCACCAACAAGCUGCAGGUCUUCAUCUUCGUACUCUUGGCCAUUGCCUAUAUGGUGAGUGCUCCUACCUAUGCUCCAAGCGAAUCUCAGCUAAUGUUCUCUUCUUCANNGGGUGAUUACUGGUCCUUCAACCUUGCCAGUCAAUUCUUGCCUUUGAUCCUUCUCCGAAACGAAGUCAGCGCAUCUGGUUCCGUCACCGACACAUACCUGCACUACAUCUACAUCUAUACCCCUGGUAUCCUCGGUGCUGUCAUUGCCAUGGCAUCUGUCCAACUGCCUCUUGUCGGCAGAAAAUGGUCGCUUGUCUUCUCUGCUCUUUGUCAGGGUAUUGCUAUGGCCAUGUAUACCCAAGUCACGAACACGGCUGGCUACGUUGGUCUCAACGCCUUUGAAUACAUCAUGCAGACUUACUUCAAUGCCGUCCUCUACGCUUCCGCCCCUGAGUUGUUCGACACCGCCUACCGUGGCAGUGCCAGUGGAAUGCUGUCUUGCUUGGGUCGCAUCGCUGGUAUCGUUGCGCCGUUCGCUGGAGCAAGUUUGCUUGCCGACCAAAGUUCGGGUAUCCUCUGGCUUGGUGCUGGUGGCAUCUGGCUUUCCGCAAUCACCAUGGUCUUCCUUCCUGUCGAGAUGAGGGAUCGCCAGAUGUUCUAG